UGAGUGCAGAAUGCACAAACGUGCCUUCCGGUUCUUUGUUUGUUCGAUCAUAAUUUACAAGUGUAGAGCGAGAAAGAGUGAGCAGAGUAGUGAUCAACUUCUUUAAGAUGAAAGAGGCUCUGAUUGGUCAUUUAUUUUAGUCAGAAUUCAUUCUUUGUUACUUCAUCAGUCAAAUUUUGAUUUUAUUUUCUAGACCUUUAAGAAUCAGCGGUGUUUGAAGGGUGAAGCUGUCAUGAUUUCCAGGACAUCAGGAAAUAUCACAGCAGCAGUGAUCGUCAUAUUACUGACAGGAGUUCAGGCUCAGCACAGUGUAACUCUCUCCUCUCAGAGUCUCUGUGCUGUUACUGGAUCUACAGUAAAAAUCUCCUGUAAAUAUACAGCAGCUGAUUCCUCCAGAGUCAGAGAGAGAGAGUGGUAUCAGCUCCAGAGCUCUGAUGGAGAAGAACGAGUCCUGAGUCAAGAUCCUCAAUACUCAGCACGAGUUUCUGUAAGAACAGAGCAGAAUGACUGUGAUCUGACAGUGAGGGAUGUGAGACUGAGAGACUCUGGAGUUUAUAACUUCAGAUUUAGAACAUCAAGCAGUGACUGGAUAUCAGCUUCAUCUGGAGUUAAUCUGACUGUUACAGAGUUGCAGGUGAAGGUGGAUCGUAAGACUGCAGGACAGAGAAAGGUGAAACUGACCUGUAGCUCCACCUGCAGUCUCGAUGAAAACCUUACUUACGACUGGUACAGAAAUGGAGAAUUCAAGCCAGAUACAGGUGGUCCCUCCAUUGUGCUGGACUCCACCAGGUCAUCUGAUGAGGGCAGCUACUUCUGUGGGUUGUUUGACAGCAGCGGUAAAUUUCACCGCUCUCCUCCACAGAGAUCAGCUGCAGACGCACCACUGACAACAGGCCAGAAUUACACCAUCACCAACAUCAGCUCCCAGCACAGUGGACUCUACUACUGCACCGCUCACAACCAGCUAGGACAGCACAGCUCAACACCCACCCAUCUGGAUGUCUUAUACCCUCCCAGACCCCCAUCUGUAAAUAAGCAUAUAUUUGGAGACUCAGUCACGCUGGUGUGUGUCAGUGACUCCAACCCUGCCAGCUCUUACACCUGGUACAAGAAGACAGGAAGUGAUGUCAUACUGAUUGGAAAUAGCACCAAUAUAACUUUACCAGCUGGAGAAUUUGGAGUUUUUUUCUGUAAAGCAGAAAAUCGAUUUGGAUCAUCCAACUCAUCAGAAUGUCUGUUUACAGCAGAUAACACAGCAGUGAAAUACGCAGCUUCUGCAGUCGGUGUGGUUCUGCUUCUGAUACUGUUUGCUGCCUUUCUGUGGAUGAGGAGGAAGAGAGGAGCAGAGAGAGACACAGAUAUUCAGACUCCAGAUCCUGCAGACCACACAUACACAGCUCUGAAGCCCACCACCAUGUCCUCGAUACAAACUCUCCCUGUGAAACAUACACAACACUAAACCCUGCA